AUGGAAAAAUCAUGGUAGAAAAAACUUGAAUAUAUUAGAAGGUAAAAUUUGAAACAUAUUUAGUUUAUUUUCAAAACCAGUAUAAUUGAAUAGAGAUAGAUAUUAAAUUUAUUCUAUAAUAGGUCAUGGCUCGCAUAAUUUUAUGGAUGAAGACUUAAAUAUAAAUUUAUAAUUUGAACCAGAUCAUGUGUCUAAUUUUUUUCUUAUUUUGAUUCACCUAAAUCUUAAAUUAGCUUCAAGAAUAAAUAUACUAAUACAUGAAUUAUCUCAUAUGUGGUUUGGUAAUUUAAUCACUAUAGAAUGGUGGGAUGAUCUUUGA